UGAUGGGCACUGAUAAGCAGCACUCAAUGGCACUGAUAGGCAGCACUAAUGAGGUAGCACAGAUAGGCAGCACUGAUAAUGGGUACUGAUAGACAGCACUGAUAGGUGGCACUGACUGGCAUCACUGCUGGGCGCUGACUGGUGCAACUGCUGGGCUGCACUGAUGGGCACAGGUGGGUGGCACUGGUGGACACAGGUGGGUGGCACUGGUGGGCACAGGUGGGUGGCACUGGUGGGCACAGGUGGGUGGCACAGGUGGGUACACUGCUGGGCACAGGUGGCUGACACAGGUGGGUGUACAGAUUGGUGCAGUGCUAGGCACAGGUGGGCGCACUGAUCAUCACUGG